CCUCUUGUUACACGCUUCAUCUUCCGUACUUACUAUAUGCUUCUCUAGGGUUUUCAUCCACCAAAUGCUCCUCCAUUUGCUCUCUGCUUUGAGUUUUUAUUGUCUCCUCAGAAACCAAGUGGUGUGGCUAACUACUAGUAACUAGGAAGGAAGGGAUACAAUUGGAAUUUUUCCUUGGUGAAUUGAGAUGUAGUGAAGACUAGUGCUGGAGUUUCAGUGUCAAGAAAUGAUGAUGAUGACGACUCUACGAUUAUUUGCUAUGCUAUUUAUUUACACUGUUAGUCAAACUUAGAUUUUUCUCUGUGACGGCCUUCAAUUUUGAGAUUGAAGAAAUAUGGAAACUGGAAGUCACGGUUCAAUGAGGAAAGUGAAAAAUGGAGGACUCAAAGUCCUGUGGGCAGAGCAGUUGAGAAGUAUGAAAAAUGGGUUCAAAAGAGACCAUCAUCAUCCAUCUUGGCAAAUGGCUAUUCAGAGUCAUAUAGAUGCCGCACAUGCUUUGGUACAGUUGGCUAAUGAAGAUCCUAGUCUGCUUCAUGGUGGGUUACGUUCACAUGGAAUGAAGCAUAGUGUGAAAGGGAUUCCAAGCAUAAAGGAUUCGAUGGGGAUGUCGAGGGGUGAUAGUCAUUCGGAUGUGGUUGGGAGAAAGGUUAAUUUUUUGGUAAAGCGUCAGCAAGCUGACUUUGGAGGUUCUAUGAAGGAUGAAGAUGCUGCUGCAGUCUUAGAUUUUCAUUUGCCAGCAGUGCCAUAUCCUGCAGGGAGAAAGCAGAAAAAGAUGAAAAUGUUUAAGAAGCUAUCUUCGCUCGUACCAAAAUAUAUGAAAAGUAAUGUCAGUGAGAAGGAUGAUAAGGUGAAUGAACCAUGUCAGUUGUUGGAUAGUUGUGGUCAUGAUAGACUACACAUGUUAAUGGCAAAGAAACGGAAAAGGGUGGCAGGAUCCUAUUCAAAAAGAGAAACUGGGGAAGUUGCAGCACCAGUAAAUUUACCCUUGAAAAGGCAGGGAUUCAAAUUGCCCGUUCCUACUGUUCAUACCGGAUUUUCAUUCUCCAUUGUGCAUCUCCUUACUGCCAUUCGAAGAGCAAUGGUUGUUCCACAUGCAGAAGAUGAUGAUGUGGUGUAUGGAAAUGAUCAAGGGGUUAGCAAUGCUGAAGGGAUAAUUCGAUUUUAUUCUCUCAAAGAUAAAGGCAUUAGCAAUUCUGUACUAACAAAUUCCAAAAGUUUACCUUCUCUCACUCUUAACAAGAUUGUUGAGCGUGUUAGAUCAACUCCAAUGGAUCCUUCUAUUCUUCAAACCCAAGAGCACCUUCAAGAUUUACUCAGAGGGGUUUUGGAGAUAUUUUCAUCCAAAACAGCGCCUUUAGGAGCUAGAGGAUGGAAGCCACUCACUUUCUAUCGCAAGUCCAGUAAAUGUUGGAAAUGGAUUGGUCCCAUCGACGUUAACUCAUGCAAUGCUGAUGAGGAAUAUGUAUCUUCUAAAGCUUGGAGUCUUCGCCAUAAUGUGCUUGUGAAGUUGGUUGAUUCCUUUGCUAUUUGGUACAAGAGUUUUCAAGAGAGAUUUCGUCAAGUUGGAAGCCUUCCUGCACCACCUUUGAUUUUGAUGCAACCAACACUAGAUGAAAGCGAAUGGUUCAGGGACGUAAUGUCUCGAAAGAAUGCUAUCAGUCCGAACUCUGAAGAAGUAAGAGCGUACUUUCAAAGGGAGGAAGCUUUGAGGUAUUUAGUCCCAGAUAUGGCAUUUUCUUAGUCCGAACUCUGAAGAAGUAAGAGCGUACUUUCAAAGGGAGGAAGCUUUGAGGUAUUUAGUCCCAGAUAUGGCAUUUUCUUACACAGCAC